AUGGACGGCACAGCCGAAAGCAGUCGGUCGCCGUGCCGAAGCAGUUCAGCCUGGCGGCAAGGAUCCGAUGCUUCAAUGUCGAGCCGUUGCCACUCUCGCUCACCUACACCACCACCACCACCACCUCUGCAGCGCUCACUUAUACCCUCUCGAACCGAAUCCCACACACUUUCCCACAGCUCCGGCCCAGACAUGAGAGUCGACAAAACAGCACUGCGCAUCAACCAUCUCACCUCCAACGUUGGCGAAUCACACCUACGUCAUAUCUUUGGCUGGUAUGGCGACGUGGUUCGCGUCCACCUCACCCAAAGCCGACCAAAUGGUGGACAAGGGAGAGAUGCAUCCGCACACGUCCUGAUGGGUUCGGUAGAACAUGCCGCCAAAGCAGCGCUCUACAUGGGAGGAGGACAGAUCGAUGGCGCGAUCAUAACCAUCAAGACUUGUGAGGCACCCGACCUUUUACCGCCUCAGGAAACCAGGGCAAGAGUCGGAGGGAGAAAUGGAAGAGAUGGACAGCAUCCAAGAGAUGGGUUCGAAGACAGGAGAAAUAGUGGGAGAGCGGCGCUUCCUCCGCCGCGAGAAAGGGAAUGGCCUUCAAAGGGAUUGCAUCCAGAUCAUCAGCGCAUGUUUGGCGGUGGUAGAAGCAGGAGCAGGUACCAUGAUGGUCACAGUCGAGAUUCUGGAGGUGCCAGUAAGAUGCGUCCUUGGGGUCAACGCGCUCAAGGGUCUACAUCGAGGAGGAGGGAUAUUGGGGACCGUCCAAGGGAAAGAUCUGUAUCGAGAUCCAAAUCACCGCCAUCUCAAGGCAGAAGGCGUUCUUCGACCACAACGCGGGCUUCACCAACUUACUGA